CGGUGGUGGUGUUGAUAUAGUGUUACCGUGCUGUUUUAUAAAAUCUAAAGUAUUCUAUUUACCUUUGACCGCCAUUUAAUGGCACACAAUAUGGCUAAGUACACCGGUUAUACAUUUACUUUGAAGCGUCAAGCGGACGUGGCGUGUAUUCUGUUCGCCAUCUUGACGCUGCCUGUCAUGUUGUUAGCCUGCCUUGAGAGACACUCCUAGCUCGGAUCCCCUUCCUCAUCGUCAGUGUCCCCCUCCCCACAACAAGCCAUGGCCGAGCAGGCCGCGGGAGCCCCUCCGUCGUCGCAGCAUGACGACGAGCUCCAACAGCGAAUGGAGGCCCUGGAGCGGGAGAGGGCUGAAUUCGGCAAAGCCAAGCAGCAGCUGGAGGCCGAGUUCAACCAGAAGAGAGCCAAGUUCAAAGAGCUCUAUUUGGCCAAAGAGGAGGAUCUGAAGAGGCAGACGUCAGCUCUGGAGUCGGCCCAGGCCGAGCUGAGCGCCGCGCAGGCCCAGCUGACGCAGGCCCGCUCCGAGAUCGAGACCAUCAAGGCGGUGGCCACGGUGUCGGAGAACACAAAGCAGGAGGCCAUCGAUCAGGUCCGCGGCCAGUGGCAGGAGGAGGUGGCCUCGCUGCAGGCCAUCAUGAAAGAAACGGUUUGCGAGUACGAGGUCCAGUUCCACCAGCGUCUGGAGCAGGAGCGAGCCCAGUGGGGCCAGUACCGCGAGGCCGUGGAGAGGGAGGUGGCAGACCUCAGGCGGCGACUCAACGAGCCCCAGGAGGAGCAGAACCUGGAGGACGACAUGAAGAAGGCUCAGGAGGAUGCGGAAAAGCUCCGUUCGGUGGUCAUGCCCAUGGAACAGGAGAUCGGCACGCUCAAAGCCAAGCUGUCCACGGCCGAGGACAGGGUCAAGGAACUCGAGGCGUCCAAGGUGAAGGAGCUCAACCACGUUUUGGAGGCGGAGAAGUCGUGUCGCACCGACCUGGAGAUGUACGUGGCCGUGCUCAACACGCAGAAGUCGGUCCUGCAGGAGGACGCCGAGAAACUACGGCGGGAGCUUCACGAAGUGUGCCACAAACUGGAGCUGGAGCGGCAGCAGCACAACCAGCUCAAGCACACGUGGCAGCGAGCCAACGAUCAGUUCCUCGAGUCCCAGCGCCUCCUCAUGAGGGACAUGCAGAGGAUCGAGAGCGUGCUCUCCUCCGAGCAGCUGCGGCAGGUGGAGGAGAUCAAGAAGAAAGACCAGGAAGACGACGAGAAGGAGAGGCUGAGCCAAAUGAAGGAUCUGCACGAGGAAGACGGCGCGGACAACACGGAGCCCUUGGAGGACAUCUUCCUGGGCUUGAGCGUUGAGGAGGCGCCGACCAACCACAGCGCCCACGGCUCCAUGCACUCGCUGGACGCCGACUUGGUGCCCGGCGGCCCGCCGGACCCCUACAGGGAGAACCUGCGGAGGGUGCAGUCCACCGACAGCCUGGGCUCCUCCCUGUCGGCCACGCCGGGCCUGAACCACAAGGCCAAGUCGGCCGGCCACUUGGACGAGUCCGACUUCGGGCCCCUGGUGGGGGCCGACUGCGGCGCGGCGGACGCCGGCUUGGGAGACGGCGGCUCCGUCGGCUCCGUCAAGCUGACGGCCAGCCACUUCCUGCUCACCAAAGACCAGGAGAAGGCCAUCAAAGCCAUGACGCCCGAGCAGGAGGAGACGGCGUCGCUGCUCUCCAGCAUCUCGCAAGCCCCCGACGUCGCCUACUUACCCCCUGCCGGCUACCGACUGGUCAGCGACAGCGAGUGGAACCUGCUGCAGCAGGAGGUGAAGAACGCGGGCAGGAAGCUGGGCCGCCGCUGCGACAUGUGCUCCAACUACGAGAAGCAGCUGCAGGUCAUCCAGGGCCAGGAAGCCGACACUCGAGAUCAGGUCAAGAAACUGCAGGCGAUGCUGCGGCAGGCCAACGAUCACCUGGAGAGGAGCGUGGCCGAGAAACAAAGCCUGGAAGAUUCCGUCAAGCUGGGGAACGAGGAAACCGCCGCCAAGGUGUCGGCCCUCGUCCGACGAGUCCAGGAGUCGGAAAGGCUGCUGGGCACGCUUCAGGAGGCCUUCGGCGAAGCCAAGAGGAACACGCAAGGACAGAUGGCCGCGCUGGCGCAGUCGCGCGAGCAACUGGCCGACGAGCUGAGCCGACUCCAGCGGGACAACGAGAGCCUGCAGGGAAAACGCCGUCUCCACUCGGAGCUGCUGCAGCAAGACGGCUUCGCCAUGCCCGACAAUGUGCAAGAGCUCCAGGCGACGGUGCUGCGGCUGCGCGAGGACACGGUGACGCUGCGGACGUCGGCCGAGCACACGGAGGAGAAGCUGAAGGCGGAGAUCCUCUUCCUCAAGGAGCAGAUCCAAGCCGAGCAGUGCCUCAAGGAGAACCUGGAGGACACGUUGCAGACGGAGAUCGAAGGCUGCAAGGAGGAGAUCGCUUCCUUCUCCGGUUUGAAGACGGAGCUGGAGCGGAUAAAAAUAGAGAAGGAGCAGUUGCAGAGCAGUUUGUCGCAAAAGUCGGAGAGGCUGGAAAGCAUCUAAUCUGUCUGGACGUCGUGG